AUGUCCUCGCGAUUCAACAACACCAGCGGCGAGUCUCGCUAUGUUCCUCGAGAUCGAUCUCCAUCACGGUUCUCCGAUCGGAGGUCCUCCAUGCCGUACGGUGGCUCGCUGGCAUCCCGCAUCACAGAACCUCCCUCACGAUCAGGACCAGAUGGCGGCCCCGGCAGCGCCCAUCCGCGAGAUACGUUUCGUGAGCCACCCCGUGGUCCCAAAGCCUUGGUAGAUCCACCCCCGCGCAGUGGCGGUGGGGGUUCUUUUGUGCCUGCUGGACCCCGUGGAAGAGGCUUCGCUGGCCGAGGCGACUUCCGUGACCGUGAUCGGGACCGUGAUUUUCGAGAUAUUCGUGAUCCUAGAGACGGUCCGCCCCCGUUUCGUGGUGACCGAGACCGGGAUCGCGGUGGCUGGCGGGAUCGCGAUCUUGAUAAUCGAGAUCGCCGACCAGGCUCGCGCGGCCGUUCGCCGCCCCUUCGUGAUUUCCGUGACUUCCCUCCCCGCGACUUGGAUCUCAGCCGUUCGCGGCGUGGCUCGCGAGAUGGACCGCCUAGUAUCAUUUCUGGAGAUUCUCCCUCCUCCGGUGGCCCACCUUUCUCUCGUGGAGGAUUUAGUGGACGAGGCCGUGGAGAUUGGGACUCGCGUGGCCGAGGACGACCUCCAUAUGUCGAUGAACGCACCUCCUACCGUCCACGAAGCCGUUCGCGGGAUCGUCGGUGGGAACGGGAGGCUCGUGAGGAUCGCGAGCGUGAGCGAGAACGCGAAUUGGAGCGCCGUGCUGAACGCCGCGAGGAGGACCGACGUAUCGAGCGUGAAGAGCGAGAGCGAGAGGCUGAACGGUACAAGAGAGAUCAGGGUCCAAUCCGCAGCGAUUCUCGACCUGCAACAGGGACCGUAACCACUCCUUCUACGCCCCGGCCUCCAGGCGUAUCCGUGCCUGGUCCCGCUUCAGACCGCCCUGCGCCCGUCGAAUCUACACGAGAACCACCCCCCGGACGGCGGGCCUCCAGCGCUCUCUCAUCAAACGUCAUCCGAGAUGGUCGUCGAGACAUGGACAAGGGCGAAUAUCCCCCAUUGCGAGCAGACUUUUCCAGAGAGCGAUUUGCCCCGCCAGCAGUGGCCUCUCCUCCUCCGCAAGCACCGCAAGUGCCAGCCUUUGGGUCCGUAUCAUACAAGUCUGGCCCUUUACCGGGCCCGACUUCCAGUGUAUGGAAGGCACCUCCCGAGUCCAAGCUCCCGCCAACGGCUCCUACGUCGGAGCCCAGUCAGAUUCCUCAAGGGCCAAAGGCUGCAUCGGCUGGACCAAAGGCACCGACGAGCUCUCAACCUCCCCUUGGCCCUCGAGCCGAUCGCUUCGCAGAUAGGGCCCCACCUCCAGAACCCAAGGAACCAGCAAAAUCGGUUGAUACCCAGCCGUCUCCUCGACAGCAACCUCCAUCAACUGCCAACCCGGCACCGGCCCCAUCGAAGCCAGCAACAGAUUCCGUGACAGGCACUUCUCACUCUAUGACCCACCUCUCAGACUCUCUUCCACCUCCAGUCGCUGGCUCAAGACUCCCGCCUACCGGCCCUCAGUCUUUUAGCCGGCCAACUUCAUCCGCAGCUUCGUCGAGACCCACUUUUGGUGCUGGUGCAGCUCGCUCUCCGGGACCGCCGGGAGCACCAUCUGCGCCUCAAUCAGCUACGCUCAGCUCUUCACCUCCGUCACUAGGACUGAAUAUCCCCACAGGCCCCAAGGCCGAUAGAGCGCCGGGUCGACCUGACCGGCCACCGAACCGAACGGACAAAGGGCCUCCGAGGAACAAAAAUCUGCAAUGGAUUCGUCCUGGCGCUCCAUCUUACGGACGUGGUCCUGGCCCAUCGACAGUGGCCCAGGCUCGCAAGGAGGUUGGUGAUAACAAGGACCGCCCCCCAGAAUCGUCAAAACCAUCUAAGCUGGAAGCACCGCCAAAGAGUCCGGUUCGCGGCAGCGUCUCCCCAGAACUCUCGAAAUCCGCAUUUAAACCAUUCGAAUCCCCCGCCAAGCGUAGGGCGUCAGACGUCAAGAUGGAAGUAGACAAGGUUGAACCACGCCCAUCCUCCUCCAAGGAGGAGAUGUCUUUUGAGACAAAGUUGGCUCCUGAGCCAUCUCUGGAAGAUCUCGCCGGCCCAGCCGGACUGGGUGCAAUCAGCGACGAGGAGGAAGAAGAUGACGAAGAGAUGGAGCUUGACGAGGAAGACUUUGCCAAAAGCAAAGAGAAGUUUGAAAAGGAAUUAGCGACACUGACUAUGAGGAAAACGCCCAAGUCGGUCUUCGAACAGUACCAGGCUGUCGCCGACAAAGUCACUGUUCUUUGUCGAGUGAUUGAGAAACAAGAGUCUGGGAAGAGAGAGGGAGAGAGGCUAGAAGAGGAAAAGCGACUGGCAGAGAAUUUGGAAGCGGAGACGAUGAAGAAGCAGGAAGCCGAAGAAAUAGCGGCACAGGAGACCGAGGAGGUGCAGAAGCGGCUAUUGGAGGAGAAGGAAGAGGAAGAGCGCGUCAAGGCUGUGGAGGCAAAGAAAGAAGCAGAGGAGGAGGAGGAAGUAGAAGAAAGAGAAAGAGAAAGAGAAGAAGAAGAGCUGGAGGAGGAGACAGAAACGGCCAUACAAUCUCUGGAAGCGCCAGUGCCUGUUCCUUCUGUUCCUAUGGGUCUUCCGUCACCCAGCACUGAGGAGGUCGAGACCUCUGCAGAUGGGGACGAGAAGACACGACGAGAACAAUCCCCAAGCCGCGUUCCUACUCCUCCUAUAGAUGCUUUGCCCUUCCUCAAUACGGCGCCUCCUACCCCUUUCUCUGAAUCAGACUUUUUUCAAGAGAAUCUCCAAAAGCAUGAGAGGAUCAAGGAUCUUUUGCGUGCUGAAUUGGUCAAACAACGCAAGGAUAUCGCCAGAGAGGAUGAUGAGCUGAGAAAAUCCUAUCGUGAAAAUUACAAGGCAUGGAGAGUCAAUGUUGCAGAAGUCUUGGACAAGAAGAAGGAAGAAGCAGAGCAAUCUGCGAGCCCAAGUGAUCAGGCCGUCUCUCCGCUGGCGCCACCGACGACGACCGUGACAGAAGGCCGCCGCGUUCAUCGCUUCAGCAGCGAGUUAGAUAUCCAGCGUGUUCUGAGAGAGUCUGAACAAGCUGCACGAGAGGAGCAGGAGAGGCGAGAAUUACUGGCCAAGGCAGAGGCGGACAUGGAAAAGGAAGCAGAAAUACCAUUGAUGCUGGACAAGGUUGAACGGGUCGCCAAAGUUUUCAAAGAUACGAAUCAGCUCAUUAAUGCUCAUCAAGCACUAGAACUCUUCGAGUUUGAGCCUCCUGAAGAUAACUUUAAUGGAGAAGAGCAACAGAUCUUCACUGAGCGAUUCGUCGAGUUCCCAAAGAAGUGGGGCAAGAUUGCUGAGGGCAUUCCGAACCGCGACUAUCAUCAGUGUAUCGAGCACUACUAUCUCACCAAGAUUGAAGCCAAAUAUAAGGCGCUGCUCAACCGGAGACGUAACCGAAAGGGUGGUCGUAGGGGCGGACGGACUGUGCAAACCCGCCCCAAGUCAAAUGCGCUUGUUAAAGAUCUUGGUGUUCACCCUGAUGUUUAUGAAGGCGACGAGUUCGAGACUCCAGCAAUUGCGGUCACUGACACGGGACGGCCUCGCAGGGCUGCAGCACCUACUUUUGGAGAGUCUGCGAGCAAUGAUACGGACCAAGGCACACCGGGACCAGGCAUUACCCGGAAAGCUGGUGCUCCUGAAAAGGGCGUUGAGCGUGCUGCCAAACGCACAAGAGGAACGGGAGCAAGGGAAAGAGGUCAACGUAGAGCUCGGAACCCACCUAUUGCAGCUGCGCCAGCAACUACUUCCCCAUUAAAGGCCGAAAAGGAUAGAGGUAAAUUGCUUGACAAGGUCCAAGAGGUAGUCGCGGAUGAGGCCCAGAAAGCAAAGGACCUUGAGGGUGCAAAUCUCCUGGCUGUAUUGCAAUCUGGUCGUCCAGCGGUUCCACUCGCCGAAGGUUUGGGUGAGGUAGCAGAUCAAACAACCCUUGCGACAACAGCAGGAGCAUCCGGAGUGCCGGAGCCUCAGCUGGGCGUAAGCAGACAGGCACAGCAGCAGGCUCAACUUCACCGCUCGGGGUCUCAAGCGUCGAGCUAUUGGUCUGUCCCUGAGCAGCAGGAAUUCCCUCGACUGGUACAGCAUUUUGGGACAAACUGGCAGGCUAUUGCCAAUUACAUGACCACCAAAACCCAGACAAUGGUCAGGAAUUACUACAACCGGCUUUUGGAGGCUGGAAGAACUGAACUCGACGAUAUGGCCAGGGAGGGCAAUGCCAAGAGAGAGCGCGGCGAGAAUUUGGGACCGCCGCCGCCACCUGCUGCUGUGUCGAGAAAGAGAAUGGAGGGCAACUAUAUUACCACUCCUCGACCGCUCGCACCCAGCAUCGAUCCAAUGGAGAUUGAUGGCGGAGCUGCGAGAAUGCAGCAGCCUACAAUGGCACGAAUGUCGCCUCCAGGGCAUGCUUCAAGGUAUCCAAUGCUAGCCCAGGCUGGCGGACCUCAACCCGCUGUGAGCAUGGCAGGCCAAGGUCCGGUACCAGUUCAAGCCAUUCAUCAUGCAUCUCCUCAAAACCACCAGCAAGGACCGCGAAUUGGGUUCUUUACAGAUACCCGAGCAGAUGCGCGCCCCGUUCUUCAGGCACAGUCAAGUCCCCAGCCUCGACCCAUGCAACAGGCUGUGGAGAAUCUAUAUCGGCACCCCAUGACACACCAACCACCGCCUCCGCCUCCACAAGCGCAGGGUCCGGCCCAUCAGACGCACAUCCCUCAGCGAUACCAGGCUCCUGUGCCGGAUCGUCAGCACCUCCAAGCUAGGACGCCAUUUACGCCUAAUCCCCUUGCACCUCCUCCGCCCGUUACCAAGGAAUUUGACUCUGCUGAGCCUGUGUCUACGGGUGGCCCUAGGCCACCGCCUCCCUCGUCGAUUCACCAAUCGCAAGCUCAGCAAUCUAACAUUCGGCAUCUCAUUGAACCCAAUAAUCCUCCGCCGCCGCCGCCGCCGCCGUCAGCAGUGUAUGUUUCACAUUCACCUCAACCACCAAUGGUGGCACGACCACCGCCGCCUUUCUCUCCAGUUAGGGACGAGCCUCGUCCAGUGUCAACGCCUGUUCUCAUGCAAGCUCCAAGCCGGCCCCCACCGGAACCGGCUAGGAAAACGUCGAAUAUCCUUGACAUUUUAAACAGUGAACCGGCGGAAGACCCUCGUCAGAAGAAGAGGUACAACGAUCACGUUAUGCCUAGCGGACCCUCACCUCCGCCGCAGUCGGCCCAAGUACCAAUUUACCACGCGCCACGGCCUCCAUCUCAACCAUCUCCUGCACCGAGGCAAGAGAUUAUUGUUGAGGCGCCUUCUCCGCAGCGAUUUCAUCGGCCAUCGUAUGGAAUGGCCACCUCUGGGCCUCCUCCCUCUUCACGGACCAUGUCGGAUGCUCUUCCUGCUGGACCACCAGUGGUCAGUCCUGGUCCACAGCCUUGGUAUCAGCAGCAAACUCCGUAUGCCCGUCAAGGACCGCCGCCACCUCCUCCCCACCCUUCAUCAGUGAGCUCGCCUCCAGUUCACCAUGCAAGCUACGUUCAGAGUGGUCGGCCUUCUUAUCUAGCGCUGCACAAUCCAUCACCGCCGCCGCAGGCGACUUACGCAGCACAUGGUCACUCUCGCAGCUCCUCUUACCCACAAGCGUUGCAGACUCCAAUGUCUCACCCACCGCCCCCACCAUCCUCUGCUGCUCCACCUGCCAAGCUACAUCAGCCCAUGUACGCACCCAGCCCUACGUCGCAGGGUCCGACACCUGUAACGACGACAAUGGGCUCUCACCCGAGUUCCAUGCCGGCACACCAUCAUCCAUCACAGGCAAUGCAUCCUCGGGCGAGCAUGCCGCCAGACAUGACUCCCCGUAUGGUUCCUCGAGCAGUUUCAGAUCACCUCGUUCGGCAUAUGGAUGGUCUUCAUGGCCCUUCUCCCGUUGGCGUUUCCGUCACAGGACCACCAGGCAUGCCGCCCACGACGACGCGCGCAUAUACCCCGCCUCAAUAUGGCCAUCAUCCGUAUGGACCAUAUGAGCCGCCUCGGCCAAUGUAA